GCGUAUGGGAAACUCGCAACCCCGAACUCGUGUGCAGGCGCCCGCUUGUGUCCGCUCUUCGGUAUGCACACCGUAGAGGAGUCGAACCGUCACACAAAAGCAAGAUGGAGGAUCUCACAGUCGAAGUAUGCGGCGAAAACGGAGCGUAUUAUAAGGCUUUUGUCACCGAUGUCUUUGACGAUCAAGUUUUGGUAACUUUCGAAAAUGACUGGCAACCUGAAUCGAAAUUCCCAUUUGCUCAAGUUCGUCUACCUCCAAAAGAUGGUUCCAAAGCAGAAUUUCAAGAAAACCAGGAGAUAGAAGUAUUCUCUAGAUCUAAUGAUCAAGAAGCAUGGGGUUGGUGGAAAGCGCUUAUCAAGAUGAGUAAAGGAGGUUUUCAAGUAGUCGAAUACUUGGGAUGGGACUAUACAUAUACUGAAAUUGUAGCUAGCGAGCGACUGAGAGCUAAAAAUCCAAAUCCUCCCAUUGACAAAAAUACAUUUCACAAGAUCGAAAUUGAAGUACCUGAAGAAUUGAGAGAAUUUGCAAAGAUGGACAAUGCACAUAAGGAAUUUCAAAAAGCGAUAGGGGCGGCAGUGUGCCGAUAUGUGCCUGAACGAGGAUACUGCUGGCCAUCUCCCGUUCAUGAAAAUAUCCAUCGUACAGUAGCUGCUCAAGAAAUGCACUUUAGAAACUUAUCGCAAAAG